GCGCUGGGGGCUGUGCCGCGCGGACGCACGCACCGAGCUGCCGCCGCCGCCGCCGCCGCCGCCGCCGCCGCCGCCGCCGCUGCUGCUGGCGCCGCCGCCGCCGAGGGGCCUGGCUGUGAGGCUGCGCGGGGCCCGACUGGCGUUCGCCGGAGCGGCAGGCCGACUUCUCACCAUGAAGCUCCGCCCAGACUCCGGGGCCUGCCUUCUUCUCACCCUGCUCAGCGUCUGGACGUCUGCCCCAGGGGCUUCUGCUGUGUCCACGGGGACAACCACCCUCAGCGCGGCCGCGUUCCUGAAUGACCUCAUGCAUCACUAUGGCGAGGGCGACAGCCUCACCCUGCAGGAACUGAAGAAGCUGCUCAGCCACCUGAACGUGGUAGUGAGCCGGGCCAACGUGAGCCAGCCCGUGCAGGGGCCUCGGAACCUCUCCACGUGCUUCAGUGCUGGAGAGCUCUUCGCUGCCCACAACUUCAGUGACCAGUCGCGCAUCGGGAGGCGGGAGUUCCAGGAAUUCUGCCCCACCAUCCUGCAGCAGCUGGACUCCCAGGCCUGCUCCUCGGAGAACCGGGAGAACAGGGAGAACGAGCAGACGGAGGAGGGGAGGCCCAGCGCCGUGGAAGUGUGGGGCUUUGGUUUCCUCAGUGUCUCACUGAUUAACCUGGCCUCUCUCCUGGGAGUCCUCGUCCUGCCCUGCACGGAGAAAGCGUUUUUCAGCCGUGUGCUCACUUACUUCAUCGCCCUGUCCAUUGGAACGCUGCUCUCUAACGCGCUCUUCCAGCUCAUCCCCGAGGCCUUCGGCUUCAACCCCCUGGAAGACUAUUACGUCUCCAAGUCUGCAGUGGUAUUUGGGGGCUUUUACCUUUUCUUUUUCACAGAGAAGAUCUUGAAGAUGCUUCUGAAGCAGAAAAAUGAGCACCCUCACGGGCACAGCCACUACGCCUCCGAGACACUGCCAUCCAAGAAGGACCAGGAGGAGGGCGUGACGGAGAAGCUGCAGAACGGAGACCUGGACCACAUGAUCCCGCAGCACGGCGAGCCGGACAGCAAGGCCCCCGGGGGCGACGAGAAGGUCAUCGUGGGCUCGCUCUCCGUGCAGGACCUGCAGGCUUCCCAGAGCGCCUGCUACUGGCUGAAAGGUGUCCGCUACUCCGACAUCGGCACCCUGGCCUGGAUGAUCACCCUCAGCGACGGCCUCCACAACUUCAUCGACGGCCUGGCCAUCGGCGCCUCCUUCACCGUGUCCGUCUUCCAGGGCAUCAGCACCUCGGUGGCCAUCCUCUGUGAGGAGUUCCCGCACGAGCUGGGGGACUUCGUCAUCCUGCUCAACGCGGGCAUGAGCAUCCAGCAGGCGCUCUUCUUCAACUUCCUCUCGGCCUGCUGCUGCUACGUGGGCCUGGCCUUCGGCAUCCUGGCGGGCAGCCACUUCUCCGCCAACUGGAUCUUUGCACUGGCCGGGGGGAUGUUCCUGUACAUCGCGCUGGCCGACAUGUUCCCUGAGAUGAACGAGGUCUGCCAGGAAGACGAGCGGAAGGGCAGCGUCCUGGUCCCCUUUGCCAUCCAGAACCUGGGGCUUCUGACAGGCUUCGCCAUCAUGCUGGUGCUCACCAUGUACUCGGGACAGAUCCAGAUUGGCUAGGGCUGCAGCGGGCCGGCGGGACGGGGCGGACCCUCGGCUGCGGGCCCCUCGGAGUGGGCAGCUCCAGCAAAGACGGUGCCUCGGACGAAGCUGCCAUGCCCCCCUCCUCAGAGUGACUCGAGGCCGGACACUCGAGGCCCCCCAGCACGCACCAGACCACUCACCUCUGGUUCCCCGCACCUUCCUCCCCGAACCAGCACCGAGAGAUGCCAGGUCCUCCCCCGACAAUGCCAAAAUGCAGUGGCCGGUCCCGGUUUGGUGGGAAAUUGCAGGGGAAUCAUGUCUGGACCCAUGAAUUUGUGUUCUGGACCCCGAAUCGGGUCGCUCCGAUUGGGUUGCAUGGUCCAUUCACCCUGAGGUGGGAGUGCCGGAGCAGCUGACCAGGGCAGGGAGGAGGAGGAGCGGGGUUCCUCUGUGAGGGGGCAGUGGGGCCCAGGGGUAUCCAGUCUGUGGGGGUCAGGGGGGGCCUCACCCCUGUCUCACGCUGCUUGUGGGCUGGGGGAGGACAGGGGGUUGACCCUAGGAUUUGUUCACUUCCCGACCACAAGUCUGAGGUCGCGGGUCCCUGUGGUCCGUGGCUGCUGGGCUCCAGCCCUCCCUCCCGCACCCCUGACCGGAACGGGGCAAACCUUGUCCUGGGCCGAAUCCCCGUUGCUCUGACGCUUUGGAAAACGGGGGAUGGAGGCAGGGGCAGUCGGGGGCGGCCCCACACAACCCUGGCUUCACGGGGAGCUCAUCUCCAGGUUCACUAGGUGAAUUGAAUUAUUAUUAUCAUAUUGAUAAUGUGAGAUUCCUGAGCCACUCUGGGGGGCCUCUCUCCCCGGAAGCCUUCCUCCUCCCCACGGUGCCGCCUCGGCAAGCCCAGAGGCCGUGUCCGGGGCCGGAGGUGCGAGGGGGCCCAGCAGAGCUGGCCCACGGCCCACACCUGCCAGCUUUCUGUCCUGGCGCAGGAAAGCUUCGUUCUCCGCGGAAACCACAAAGCAGCAUCUAUUUUGAUCCUUUGCUUCCCGGGGCGCGCCCCUCAAACAGGAAUAUCCUUGAAAUGAGUCUGCGCGCCGCCUGGCAACAUGCUCUUUUACGUUCUCCUGCCUCUCUCGUGCAUGGACUCUGAUGGAUGCGAGAAUGGGCUGAAGCCGAAGGGAAAGCUCCAGCUUAGCAGGAUUCGAGAUGAAAAUCAGGAUUGGCUCCUGAUGGGAUCAUGAUCCGGUUUUACCAAAGAACCAAUUCCUUGAAUGUCAGAAUCUUUAUUUUGUAGCUGUCAUUCAUUAUUAGUAAUAUGUUACAGGUUGAGAAUGAUUUAUGCCCCAUCCCCUGUCCCCCCAUUUUAUUUUCUUCAGUUUGCUCUCAGGAGCUAACACUCAGACUUUUAAACUUUAGAAUAUCCAGGGCCAGAGCAAUAGUACAGUGGGGAGGGCGCUUGCCUUGCACACAGCCAACUUGAGUUUGAUACCCAGCACCCCAUAGAGUCCCCCGAUUCUGCCAGGACUGAUUCCUGAGCACAGGGCCAGGAGUAAGCAAGCCCUGAGCACUGCUGGGUGUGACCCAAAGAGCAAAAUAAAGACGUUAGAAGAUUCUGCUUUCCUCUAUUCACAUUGAUGUAUUAUAAUUUUAGCCAUUCCCAGUAGAGCUGCCAUUCCUUACUAACACCAUUAUUCUUGGAGUAGAAUAUUAAGUUAGAAUAUUAGUGGGUUUCUAGUUUAGAAGAGCUCCAAACUAUAAUCUUUUAACUUGUAAGGGGAAAAACGAUGAAACCCAAAGAAGCAGGGCCGUUUCUUUUGUCAUGAAAAUGUCUGUCAGGAGUCUCCUCGGACUGGACUGGUAGGUGGCCGUGGUAGAACGCACGCCUCCCUCCGGGCCGCCAGGCCCUCGGGCUUGAUCCCCGGCGCCAUAAAAGAGAAAGCGAAAAGAGCUUUCCUGUCAUAGACAACUGCCUCAGGGGGGAAAGUCUUAACUGAAGUUGCCCCAGAAGGCCAGUCCUGGCGGGCACCCGGGAGGGACACAGACACGAAGAUCCUGCCACUGCUCGUUCUGUGGCCACUGUGGUGGGUCUGCCUCAUGGGUGGGGAACGGGGCAGGUUCUCGCUGGCCUUUGAGUGUCGGCUUUGCUGGUUUAAGCAUUUGUACGUGGUAGAAACCCGAGGAGUAGCGAGCCUAAGCGAUUGUUUUCCCCCUGGCGUCAGCGCCUUCAGUCUCUCUCCCCUGAGGGACCAGCGCCUCUGACUGAGCUGGGAGUGUCAGGCUGGUGCCCACAGACCAGGAGCCUGAGGCAGGGUCCUGCCUGUCCCCAUCACCCUCAGCAGACACGGGUCGGAGGUCAGGUGUCCUGUCCACCUGGGAGCCGCCCACGACAGUCCUUCCCUCUAGGCUUGAAAGUGAGGACUUCUCUGUCCGGGGGGCCCCCACGACCCAUUUUCAGUAAGUUCUUCCACAGAGAGGGGAGGCCGCGGGAACCUGCUCUAAAACAAGUUGUCUCCUUUUUGCAAAGAGAGAGGGUAGUUUUUACUCAUAUUUCCUUUUGCAGUUCUACAUUUCCAUCACAGUAUUUAAAAAAAAUAACUCAGGUGUUAUGAGAACAAAUUAGCAAAUAAAAUAACUUAUGUGGACUGUAAAUGUUUUAUUUGUAAGAUUCUAUAAAUAAAGCUAUAUUCUGUAA